AAUUAGACCUCAGUCUUCCCCGGGACAUUCAGACCCAGCUGUCCGAAGCGCUUCCCUCUCUCCGUUGUCUCCCUUGUGUCCAGCUCGUCCUUCCUUCCCUCCUCUCCCCUCCGUCUUCACCAUGCGUGGACUCCUUGGUCGGCGCCUCAUCUGACAUGGUGGCAGGUCUCCACAGAUGUUUCACGGGGCACAGCGACUUGUACUCUUCUGGUUUCAUGCCCAGGUUUUCUCCCGUCGGUCUGGUUCCCCAGAGGCGGUCGUCCUGCUCCUCUUCCCCAGACAUGGAGCCUCAUGCGGAGGUUCCGUUAUUUGAGAUGGACCAGGAAGAGGAUGAGGAGGAAGACGUUUCCUCACUGAAGAGCAGAGGCGGCUGCACACAUGCGACGCACGCUGUUGUGCCCCCUGCAGGCGCCGACCCUGACGCCUUCAUAUACACGAACUUCAUGAAGAGUCACUGCUGCUACGACGCCAUCCCCACCAGCUCCAAACUGGUCAUCUUUGACACAACGCUACAGGUGAAGAAGGCUUUCUUUGCCCUGGUGGCCAACGGUGUGAGGGCGGCGCCGCUGUGGGAUAACAAGCUCAAGUGUUUUGUGGGUAUGCUGACCAUCACUGACUUCAUCAACAUCCUCCAUCGUUACUACAAGUCUCCUCUGGUUCAGAUCUAUGAGCUGGAAGAACACAAGAUCGAGACAUGGAGAGAGAUUUAUCUGAAGUACUCGAUUAACGAACUGAUCAGCAUCACUCCUGACUCCAGUCUGUUUGAAGCCAUCUACUCCCUGUUGAAGAAUAAGAUCCACCGGCUGCCGGUCAUCGACCCGGCGUCAGGGAACGUCCUCCACAUCCUCACUCACAAACGCAUCCUCAAGUUCCUCCACAUCUUUGGAUCCAUGAUCCCUAAACCCAGGUUUCUUCAGAAGCGGAUCAAUGAAGUGUCGAUCGGGACCUUCAAACAGAUCGCGACCGUCCAGGAAUCGGCCUCCGUGUACGACGCUCUGACCAUUUUUGUAGAGAGAAGAGUGUCGGCUCUGCCCGUGGUCAAUGAGCAAGGUAAAGUGGUGGCACUGUACUCCAGGUUUGAUGUCAUUAACCUUGCAGCCCAGAAAAACUACAACAACCUGAACAUGACCAUGCGGGAGGCCAUUUCGUCCAGGGCCUGCUGCGUGGAAGGAGUCCUCAAGUGUUACCCACAUGAGACGCUGGAGACCAUCAUCGACCGCAUCGCAAGGGCCGAGGUGCAUCGUUUGGUGUUGGUUGACAGGCACGAUGUGGUGAGAGGGAUUGUUUCUUUGUCUGACCUCCUACAAGCUCUGGUCCUCACUCCUGCAGUUGGCCGGCGUCUUCAUACCGCAGCUCCUCCCCUGAAACCACCACGCCACCAGCACCUCUUAUCCAACGCACCCCAGAUAUUUACUGUAUGAGAGUUCAACCUUUCGAGACGGAAGAAAAACAAGGUAGAGACUCGUCCCGUGAAACAAGAUUAUGAGGUGGCAGAGCAGGAUUGAAGUCACUGGUUUCAGUCCGAGUCUGAAGGAGUAUUAUGGGAAGCAAAAGUGAAACAAGAAACACUUUGACCCUCCUCCAUGAGCUCAUGUAAUAUUCCCAGGUGAUGCUGUUCAGUGGUCGUUGAUCGGAGACUGUGGUUGUCCUGGAAACCUGCCAGUGUUGAACUGUAUCAUGGGUUUAAGUGAGUUCAAGUUAUUUUUGCAAGCUGUGUUUCUUGGGAAUUUAGUUGCUAAUAUGAUUUAAAAAAGAUAAAAAUUAAUAUAAUGAUUUGUACUGAACUUAAUUGUAUUAGAAUGAUGGAAAAAUUAAUCUGUCGUAUAUAGAAAAUACUGAAUUGUGAAAUUUGAUAUAACCUUUUUUGUAAAUGCACUUAUGCUCCAGUCACUGUGAAAAAUGAAAAUAAAUGUUUUGCUCUGUU